AUGGUAGCAAGACGACAGGCACGGGUGUCUAGAGAUCGUGUAGGACCCCCCUCUACUUGUGAACAAGUCGUUCAACUGUACGGUAUUGUUAACAUGGUGCAGUACACACGGACUAGAAAGACGAAAGCGCAAACGUUUUUCUGGUUUGCUUAUCGUGCACAACCGAAAAUAAAAGGCUUCCGCUCUUGA